GGUUAGAGCUCUCGCCUGGGUUGGAUCGUGCUCGUGUGCGCAUCAGUGCACGGCUGUGUUUUAGAUAAUUCCACCAUGCGAACAAAGACCUUCUCGACGUCAAGUGGUCACUCAUAGUGCCGUCUGUGCCACGUUCUUCUGGAACAUCCAUUCUCGGAUGCCUUUCGAGUGAAUCCUGCGAGUGUGCGUCGUAGCGUAACGUUAGGAAUCCCCGCCAAGAAUCUGUCUCACGUUUGGAGGGAGUGAUAUCAAGUCGACAAAAAAAAUGCGUUUUUCUCAACGAGCUGUGAUAUCCAUCUGGAACCUGUCCCUGUUCCUUGGGAUUGCCAGCUCCGCGAAUCUCUUGGACCUUCUUGCCCAACAACCCGACACCAAAGAGUUCCACAGGCGGGUAAGCUCGAUUCCGUUCGCGAAGGUGCAGAUGGAGACUCAGGAACUGACUGUGUUCGCACCAAACGACGAAGCCAUGCGGCAGUUCGAGAAAGCGAAGCGAGCUCAGGGAGUUGAUGUGGAGCUUCUCUGGAGCCAGAUCUGGAACUAUCACUUCGCAAACUUGGCGAUGACAACGGACAUCAUGGAAGCAUCGAUCUCGUCAGAGCUGAAGGGGAGUGCCCCGAUUUGGGUGAAUAAGGUUGAGCAUUCCAGUGAUCGACGGAAUGAACAUGACAACAUAUAUGUGAACAACGCCAAGAUCAUCCGCAGGAACAUCCGAGGCGGGUUCAAGAAAUCCGUGGGUGACAACAGGAUCGAACAUCAGAUGUUGCACGUGAUCGACGAAGUGCUGGAGCCGAUGCUGCCGGACCUGGGGAAGCCGGGCCGAGGUGGCAACCAGCAACUCAUCAACCCGAGCGCCAUGAAGCUCCUCAGCCACGGACGGGAAUUCGGAUUCAAUCUCAGUGAAUUUGAUCAGGUGGUACUACGACAGGCAAUGUCAGAUGCAUUCAGCAAUGCAGGGGGGCACACAUUCUUCCUCCCAGUGUCCGAAGGUCUUAGACGGAACAGUGUGAACAAGAUCGAUGCUCCCAUCAUCCGAGGUCAUGUUGUGCCUAGUGCCACGCUGUUUUCCCGUACUGUGGAUCCGUUUGUCCGUUAUGACACGGCAGCUGUUGACAACCUUCGUGUCCAGGUCUCCAUCACAAACAGCAGCGAUGGAACUGUGUACGCAAUCAGCCGAACAAUAGAUGGGGAUCUGGAGCACCCAGAAGGCACUGUGAUGGCACAGGUAAUAAGAGCGAACAUCCCAGUCCGAAAUGGCGUUGUUCAUCUCAUUGACAGGCCCUUCAUGGUCAUGGACAAACGCCUCAUCGAGCUUGUCAGUAAAGACCCUCAGAUGAAGCAGUUUGCAGACAUGGUGCGGGACUAUGCCCCAGAGACAUGGCAGAGCAUCCAGUCUGUGGGCUCUACUGGAGAGGUGGAUUUUGCCACAUUACUUGUCCCAUCCAAUGAGGCAUUCCGCAGUGUGAGCCGCAUUCGCUAUGAUGCCAUCAUAUCCAACAAGGUCUUGGCACAAAAGAUGGCCAGUCUCCACCUUUUGCGUGGGAAGGUCACUGUCAAGAGCGCUCAGUCUGUAACUAUUGAUGAGAUGUUGCAGGUGGAAACGGUGAAGGGGCAGAACUUUGUGUACUUCCACGCAGCGGGGGUGCCACACAACCGCUCGCUCUCAGUGGAUGCUGGUGGAGUGAAUGCCACCGUGACCAUCCCAGACAUUGGAGCCGUCAAUGGUUACAUCCACAUUAUUGACCACAUUCUUGGCAUCCCCUAUCAGACUGUCUUUGACAAGAUCAGCACAGAUCCCAUGAUGAAGCGGACAUUUAUGUUGGGUCGACAAGGCUACUUCAAUGCAAAGCUUCGUGAGGUUAAGGAGAAGUUCACUUACCUGGUGCCCAGCAAUGAGGCAUGGAAGAAACAGAAUGCUCAGCGUGCCACAGGCAUGAACAAACUCUCUUCUGGGGACUUCUCAUACCAUGUCAAUCAAAUUUUGGAGAGGCACAUGAUCAUUGGAGGGUCCCAUGACAUGGAUUAUCUGUCCCGGAAAGGCACCGUCCAGAUGUCCCGUGGAGAACUCAUUUUCAGGAAAAUCCCCAAAGAUCAGUAUGAAGUGGAGUGGCAUGGUGAGGUGGCACGUGUGGUGCGUCCCAACUUGGAAUGUACCAAUGGCUACAUUCACGUGAUUGACAAUGUCCUCAUGUCAGACAGUGAUGUGACAGUGAGUGGAGGGAUGAUGUCAUCUGCCCUCACCAGUCUCAUUCUUCUCACUCUUGCUGCACGACUAUUCCUGUAGAUGCCCUUUCACAUUAAGUCUAUGUGACUCAAUCUCAUUUCCAAUACACUCCCCCAAGCAAACAUAAUUACCAAAGAUUAGAAGAGGAGGAUUGUGAGUGAACAUCUGAAUCUCAGUGUUGUGCGAUUCAUCUUGGCUUCACUGGCAGGCCAGUUUCACCAUUAAAGAAGAAGUAAUGAAGAUUGUGCUGAUGAAACCCAAUCUUCAUAGCAAUGCCUCCUAGGUGUACUGCCAUGCCCUGCCGAGGGGGGGCAAGACUCAUGAUGAGCCAUCAAGUGUGUGUACAUAAAUGCAAAUGAGAGAAACAGAAAAUGCUUUUUUUCCUUCUCAUGGUAAGCCAUGUACAAAUGAGAAUCUCAUACAUUCAAUGAAUAUGGAUGACAUUCACUGCUGCUUCUCUCCUUUUACGUUGUUUUUCCUCAAGUGACCCAGAGGGAAUGAGAGUGUCAUUUUUUUUUCAUUGCAUGCUCUAGUCGUGAUGGACAUUUUCCAUUCUUCCGAUAUUUCUCCCGGAUAUUCCAGUCUACCCCAGUCAAAGUCCCGUUGCUUUUGUGUAGUUCAAAACAUGUGAAGUGUUGAGUGUUUUUUUUUUCUAAGAUAUGUGCUAUUAGAUGGAUCUAAAAAAAUUGUUUACCUCCAAUUGUAUGUGUGCUGAAUAUCAAUUGGAAUGAAUGUCAGGAUUGAUCUCGUCAAAGAAGUUGAGGUACGGUUCCAAUGCUCUGCUUCUUUACUUAUAAAUAGCCUAGGAAAUUUUUGAGAUGGUAAUGGUAAUUAUAUCUGCCAUUUAUCUGCUGUCAAGUUUUGCAGGAUCUUAAAUCUUCCUGAAGUGGUUUCUGUCAGACAUGAAUACAAUCGGUGUUAGAGUGCUUGGAUGAUUGUGGAGGGACCCGCAUCAGGGUCUUCACACUGAAGAUCCUAAAUUACAGUGUGAGGCAUUUUGUGAUGUUUCAUGAACCUUUGCCAUCAAACAUGAGCUCAUUCCAAACAAGACUGCCCAGAGUUGUGUGUGCUUUGGCUUAUUUUGAAUGCAGGUGAAUGUGUUUGUGCUCCCUGAGUGAUUUCUCAAAUGUAUGGUCUUGCUGGGGUCAAUGAAGCCAAUACAAACCAA